GGGUACUUGCUGCUUGCAUAUCCUAUGCUAUGCCCUCCUUGUCCCAGUCGUCCCUCUCCAUCAUGUAACCAAACCAAGAUAUGUCUUAAUGAAAGGAUAUGGGAGGGCAAAGGAAGUGGCAAAGUAAAGAUCAACUGAACGAGAUGUUAAAUUUGAAUUCGAUUUAGUAACGGAUUGGAACUUCCAUGUGAAGGAAUAUACGGAAGCUCUUCUGCCUUGCUCACCCAAGGAUUUCGAGAUGAAGAGGGGGAGAAUCUAGAGGUAUCGGAUGAUAUUGAAAUUUGAAGGAGCCAUCGGAUUGAAAUGCAUGAUCGGGGAUGUUUCUUCCUAGGGUAUGACUGAUUCUCGCUCAACCUUGAAUUUUGAUGAACACCAUACACAUCAUCUAACAUUUUUUUAAUUCAUUUUUCAAAACAUGAUGUGAUCAUCCAUCAAUCAUCCCGUAUCCGUUCGAAACUUCGAAGUUACUGUAGUUCAUGAAUGGAGACAUCGGAGAAUAAGAUUUUCUUGUGUGAACUUGGUGAUACAGACAGACGACAUGGCUUUGACUUGAAGUGAUGAACUGGUUUUUGGAAGAGGGGAGUUGUUGUCUUGAGAUUGAAUUGGGGGCUAAUUGAUUCCUGGAUUCUAGAAAUGUAGCCAGUCUGUCGAUGAGGGGGGUUCACGUGAUCAGGCGUUUUGGGCGCGCCUUCUGUAACUGUAUCAACGCAUUCGCGCUUGCUGAUGUUUUCCUUGACGUUUCGCGUCUGGAAGUCAAAAUCAACGACGAAUGGAUGUGUGGAUUGCAUGAACUGUAUCCGAUACGGCAACGUGUAAAGUGCGACAUUUCUUUGUUUGAAUAGAUUAUCAUGAUCCCUGAAUCUCUUCGACUCGCAAGCUUUACGGAAAGGAUACAAGCAAGCAAGUAUAGGCUCGAGUAUAGCCUGAUCUACAAUCUUUUACGAGAAACCAAGCAUGGCACCUCCAAACCCGCAAAUACCUCCGGCGGCAAACCCAGUAUUUGGUGCCCAUUUCGAUGCGUGGAAUUCGUCGGCAACAGGGCACCAGCGGGCAGAGAAUAAGAUAGGUGGCUCUACAGGAUGGAGAGAAUCUCGAGCAAUGAAGCUAGGCCACCAGUUCAAGUCUGGUGGUACAGGUGGCAAAAGGAUCUCCGACAAAGUUGGGGCGGGAUCUGAAGACUGGGAUGAGAAAGCGAACGCCUUGAUUCCAAAAGAAGUCAAGGCAAGGGCAAGACGAAGUGUCAGCGACAUGUUAGUGGGGAAACCAGGCUUGCCGAUGAGCGCCGAAGAACGACUGAUGGAGACGCGGAAACUCGAAGAUGAAACUAAAGUGGAAGGGGACGAUCUAGCCCGUAAGUCUAGAGGCAUCUUUGAUGAGUUGGUCAUCUACAUAAACGGUAGUACAUAUCCAAUGGUCUCGGACCACAAGCUCAAGCAGUUGCUGGCAGAGAAUGGUGCACGAAUGUCGAUGCAUCUGGGCAGGCGACAAGUCACCCACGUUAUCUUGGGCAAACCUUCUGGUGUAGGAAGUGGAGCUGGAGGUGGUUUAGCUGGGGGAAAGUUGGAGAAAGAGAUACGAAGGAUUGGUGGUUGUGGAGUUAAAUAUGUCGGUGUAGAAUGGGUAUUAGAAAGUAUUAAGGUAGGGAAGAGACUUUCCGAGUCGCGGUUCUCGAAUCUGAAGGUGGCUCCGAAAGGCCAGCGGAGCGUUUAUGGCAUGUUCAAGACUACGGCCAAUGCCGACGUAGAUUAGCAAUUGGCGCUAAUGACACCGAGUGGACAAGCGAAUUGUUCAUGCUUCCCAUUCUCCUUUGGCUCAAGUCUAGCUUUCGAGUCUUGAGAGGUAUGUCAUUGAGGUCAAUGCAUAUGGUAUGUACGAUGGAUCUAUAUAUAUAUGGCAUGGAUGCUAUAUUCGGUUGUCUGCUUGCUUCUACGGCGUUGUGUUAGGAAUUGAGGUGCAUUCUGGGUGGCUGCAUAGCAUCUGCGAUGGGAAUAGGGAAUAUCAUUUGGGAGGUCUAGAGGCGUUUGGUGAGAUUCUGGAGAAGGCUGUACCAUGACAUAAUCUGAUAUCACAGUAAUUAAGAAGCAUCAAUCACAUUCACUUUC